UACGAGUCCUUUCUCCUCAACAAUGUCUCCACAAUCUCUACUCUCGAAUCAUCUUUGAGGUCUAUUACUUGGUUUUUGCCCGGAAGAUUCAAAGAUGCCGAGCUGGCUUCCGAAGCUCUCACUACAUUACUCAAUGUUAUGAGUAUGUAUCAUGAUACUCUUCUUGCGAAGGUUGUCAAGAGCAACCCGGGCUACCGCCCCCUUAUACCGUUGUCCUUGCAUACUCGUUUCACAAGAGCAUGGUCCGACAAAGUUUCCCAAUAUAAAUGGGUUGCCAGAGCCCUCGAAAUAAUACGUUUCACUGAACUCGUGAUUGAGAUGGGACUUCGCAGGAAAGUCUCUGUGCAAAAUAGAUGGAGAGCCAUCAUUCUUCUGGAACUUAUCAAAGCUUCCUUUCGUCUCUUCCUCUUGAAGAUCACCCACCAGCCAUUAGUCUCCCCACCAAUACCCGAGCGAGAUUUUGACCCAACGGUGUUGCCGCCCCUCAGUAAUUCUUCCUCCCCGACAUUGGCUCCUUCUUCGCCCUCACAUUCCCCACCUAUAACCCCCGAUCACCUCAGGAACAAUCAUACUCCUCUCCCUCCACAUUCUCUUCUGACCACACCUUCUGGGUCUGCUGUCGAAGAUUAUCUCCUCCCAAAAGCCCUCACCACGUCCAACGUCAAGCCAUCGCUUUCUCUUAUCAAGACACUAUCUGGACCCCGAGAAUGGCUUGCAGAGGUAAUUUACGUACUUCGACCCCUUGCUUAUGUUUCGUUGCUUGUCGCCGAUAAAAAUAGCCGUGAAAAAUCGAAUCGUGCCCUGAUGGUAGCAUUAUUUAUGGAAUUGAUGUCGCGAAAUUUGCGCCGCACUCCUUCUCCGUCCGCUGUCCUUGAACGGGCUGAGUACGCAAAGAGGGAUAAGGAUAUGCUGUGGUACCUUUUGAGAGGAACGAUAUGGGACAAUUACACUCGGUCGGUCCUU